AUGACCCGACGAGGACCCUGCAGGAGCUUCGCCAUCAGCGUUAUACAGAUCAUCACUAUUAUAUGUCAAGUGCUCACGGAAGAACCUCGUUUUUCGGAGCCAAUCCCCAACGUGACGGUCGCGCUUGGCAGGGACGCCAGCCUGCCGUGCGUCGUUGAGCAUCUUGGCACCUACAAGGUGGCAUGGAUCCACAUCGAUAGACAGAUGAUCCUAACAAUUCACCGCCAUGUGAUCACUCGAUUGGCCCGCUUUAGCGUCUCGCACGACAAUGCGAUGACCUGGUUGCUGCACGUGAGCCAAGUACAGCAAGAAGACCGAGGAUAUUACAUGUGUCAAGUGAACACCAACCCUAUGAUCAGCCAAGUUGGGUAUCUUCAAGUUGUCGUGCCACCGAAUAUUCUCGAUGAAGAUAGUACGCAAUCAGCUGUAGCAGUUCGUGAAAAUCAGAACAUCAGCCUGGUGUGCAAAGCGGAUGGAUUCCCUACACCUAAGAUCAUGUGGCGUCGUGAAGAUGGACAGCCUAUAUCUGUGGACAGGAGGAAGAAAGUGACGGUGUACGAAGGAGACACCCUGAGCCUACAGCGCAUCAGUCGCACGGAAAUGGGGGCGUAUCUCUGCAUCGCUACCAACGCAGUACCACCUUCUGUGUCCAAGAGGAUCAUUGUCGAUGUCGAAUUUUCGCCAAUGAUUUGGGUACCAAACCAGCUGGUAGGAGCUCCAGCGGGCACUGACGUCACGGUUGACUGCCACACCGAGGCUCAUCCCCGAGCAAUCUCCUACUGGGUGUACGAUAACGUCAUGGUACUGCCAACAAAGAAGUAUGCCAUCAACACUGAAGAAAAUUCUUACAGAGCUCACAUGAAACUAACGGUACGAAACCUGCAAACUGGCGACUUUGGCAACUACAGGUGCAUCUCUAAGAAUUCGCUUGGGGAAACUGAAGGGUCUAUCAGAUUAUAUGAAAUCCCGAUGCCGUCAACAUCGCCGAAGGCCACAGAAAUGAAGAGUAACGCUAACAAAGAAAGUGUGAGACGCGUAAAUGUGAGUCGGUCGGUGUCGCGCGCAGAGCCCGGCGCCGGCACCGAGCGGCCAAGCGUCGUGCGAGCGCAACUCGACCGCGCACCCGACAGAGACGUCGCGCACCACGUCUUUCAACCGCCACAUCCACGUCAUGUCUCAGGCUCUAGAAGGCUGCACUGUUGGAGACAACCCUUCUUGGCGAUCAUCGUACUAGUACAUGUGGACCUUUUGGUCUAA